UCCUUUAAACUCCUAGGAUUUCUUGACGUUAAAAGUGUCCCAUGCGCACGAGAAUCAGUGCUCUAUGGCUCCCUGGGAUCUUUAGUUGUGGGUCUUGGACACUUUUUAGCAACUAGUCGAGUUAGAAGAUCUUGCGACUUUGCAGUUGGGGGCUUUAUUUGCACAAUGUUAGGAUACUGGUUUUACUGCAGGUACAAUUUGGCCCAACACAGGAUCCGGCAAAGAAUGCUUAAAGAAGGAAUGAGAAACAAAAUUUUAUUUGAAGGCAGUUCUCUUGAUCCUGAAAGAAAACAAACUGGCAAUGAAAGAAGCGAUUCAUAG